AUGGUGUACGACUGGGCAGGGAAGCGGGACAUCUGCUACCAGAUGUACAUCCAGGAUAAGAAGGGCUUGGAGGAGAUCAUGGAAUACAUGAGGACCGCUUAUCAGUUUUCCCCGAGCAAGCGCGCCUAUCAGACCCAAUUUAAACGAUGGGGAUUCCCUUCGAAACAAAACCCGGCCCAUAAGAAUGUCGAGCUGGUCGCUCGUGUCCAGCAGCUAUGGCAGCAGAAUACCAACCAACGCGACAUGCUUAGAAUCUUGAAUGAUGAGGGCUUCGUGAUCAAAGAACGAGAAUUAAUGCGCGUGCGUGCGAAAAACAGGUGGCUGCUGCGGGUUCCCAACGGGAUGAAGUCCCAACCGAGUGCUGCGGCGCAGGAGACGCAACCAGAGGACGAAGGCUUAUUGGCUUUACAACAGGAGGUCUAUAAACAAGACACAAUAUUUGAUGGCACCGAGGCUCCACCCGCGGAAUUGGCUACACAUGCAGAGGGGAGUCCUGCGGAGCCCAAUGUGUCGUCGGAGAUCAUGGCAAAACGAAAGGCGAGGCUGGACCUCCUGAAGUCAGAGAGCGCAGAGCGAUGGGCAUCGCGAAAGCGUCGACGUCGUACUCGUGGCUGGGCUGGACUGCCAGCAGAUCCUCCAGGGCCCCCUCGAUUCCCCUCGGAGACCACAAUCGACGAGAGUAAGCAGUAUCUCAACCUGGAUAACAUCAUGUACCGUCGACUUCGUGACAGGUUUCAACAGAUCUGCGAGGAUGCUGGAUUUAUCAAGAAAACAGUCGCAGGCCCGGAGAAAUGGCAAGCAGCGAAAGACAAAUUGAUUCAAGAAACUCCACACCUUCAGCAGAUUUUCAACGCCGAGCCCAAUGAGCGGGAUGCAAAAGUGCUUGCCUUGGAUGUUGUCUGCACGGAUGUCACUAAACGGAUGAGAACAUUAGAACGAAGAAUGACCAUUGCCGAGGCUAAAAAUGCCCUGGGGGUAAAUCCUGAGGAAAGCCGUCAAAUUCGGAAUGCUUUCUACGAGACUCUCAAAGCGGACCAUUUCACCAGCAAGUUGGAAGCUGGCGAUGAGCAUUGGAACGACCUAAAAGCACAGUGGAUCCGUGAAACACCAAUCCUCCAGCGAAUCCUAGAGCCCGGUCCAGCUGACCCCCACCACGCUAACAAACUGAAAGCCAUGGAGGUACUUUGCCGCGACGUGAUGAAACGACUGCGCGAUGACCAAACCAAGCGUGACCCUGCUCGGAAGAGAUCCUCUGCACGUGCCAGUUCAAACCCCACGCGGAAUAGCGCUACACCUGUGGGCAAUAUACUUGGGAAUGAAAUCAGUAAUGGAAUCAGCACACUGGCUUCCCAAGCUCUCGCAAGUGCCCCAAUCACCGCGAGUGAAAUUGGAGAUAUGCAAAUUGACCCUUCACUGCUUCAAGCCGCGAAUGAUCCGUCGUCUUUCUCAUCCAAUGCGCAACAUGAGGCCGGCGCAUUUGAAUACAUGGAUCCAAUGCUACACCCUGCAUUGCUGAACACUGAUGUCAAUCUCCAAAUCCGUCCGCAGGGUAACCUCCCCGGACAUGUCACGAGAACGUGGAGCGAGAAAGUAAAUAGUCGAACUCUUGAGGAAAUCAGGCAAUUAGUAGCCAAUCGGUAUCCAUACUCGAUCGUCAGCAAGAUCGAGGGAGUUGGUAAAGAUGACCAUGGGCAUGAUACUUACUUCGCUAUUGACGAAGAUCACGAAUUGGAUGCUUAUUUGACACAUGUGCAUGAGAGAAAACCUUUGCUUGUGUUGACACUGGGCCAGGUCUAA